AGGAAGCUGCUGCGGGUGACGGCCAAUCAGAGCGCGAUGUGUAUCACUCCAGCCGGAAGCCGGCUGUAUGAGUAUGUUGUGACAGAGAGGAGACUGUGACUUGGUGGCUCAUGGUCACUAUACUGUACCCGCUUUAUUUAGGGAUCCUUGGUGCCCUGCUGCCAGGCUGCCAUGCCAGGGACAGAAGGUUCACGGAGGACGAAAUGGUGCAGUACAGGGAUCGGGUGAAAUCCAUGUUUUAUCACGCAUACAAUAACUACCUGGACCACGCCUUCCCAUAUGAUGAACUGCGGCCCCUGACCUGUGAUGGACAAGAUACCUGGGGAAGCUUCUCCUUGACACUGAUUGAUGCGUUAGACACAUUACUGAUAAUUGGGAAUAUCACUGAGUUCCAGAGAGUAGUGAACGUUCUGCAGGACACUUUGGAUUUCGACAUCGAUGUCAACGCCUCAGUCUUCGAGACCAACAUCCGAGUGGUGGGUGGUCUACUAUCCGCUCACCUUCUCUCCAAAAGAGCCGGCUUGGAACUGGAACCGGGAUGGCCUUGCACUGGUCCCUUACUUCGUAUGGCAGAAGAGGCUGCUCGCAAACUUCUUCCAGCGUUUGACACAGCCACAGGGAUGCCUUAUGGGACAGUCAACCUGCUGAGAGGAGUUAACCCUACAGAGACCCCUGUGACUUGCACAGCAGGCAUAGGAACAUUUAUUGUGGAGUUUGCCACUCUCAGUCGCCUUACAGGAGAUCCACAGUUUGAGAUGGUGGCAAGAAGGGCCCUCAAAGGAUUAUGGGAGAGCAGGUCUGAUAUUGGGCUGGUAGGAAACCAUGUAGACGUCAUGACGUCCAAGUGGGUUGCUCAAGAUGCUGGAAUUGGGGCUGGUGUUGAUUCUUAUUUUGAAUAUCUGGUUAAAGGUGCUAUCCUGCUGCAGGACGAAGAAUUAAUGUCUAUGUUUCUUGAAUACAACAAGGCCAUCCGGAACUUCACCAAAUAUGAUGACUGGUAUGUGUGGGUUCAGAUGUACAAAGGCACGGUCACUAUGCCAGUUUUCCAGUCACUUGAGGCCUUUUGGCCAGGAUUACAGAGUUUAGUGGGAGAUAUCGGAAGCGCCAUGAGAUCAUUCCACAAUUAUUACACAGUUUGGAAGCAGUUUGGUGGGUUACCCGAAUUUUACAGCAUUCCUCAGGGAUUUACAGUGGAGAAAAGAGAGGGCUAUCCCCUCCGGCCAGAGUUGAUUGAGAGUGCUAUGUACUUGUACAAGGCAACCAGAGAUCCAAUUCUGUUAGAGCUGGGAAGAGAUGCUGUGGAGUCCAUUGAAAGGAUAAGCAAAGUGGACUGUGGAUUUGCAACGAUCAAAGAUGUACGGGAUCACAAGCUGGAUAACCGCAUGGAGUCUUUCUUCCUGGCUGAAACCAUCAAGUACCUAUAUUUGCUGUUUGAUCCAGACAACUUUAUCCACAAUGAUGGCUCCACAUCUGAUCUGGUGGUGACUCCGUAUGGAGAGUGCGUCUUGGGGGCAGGCGGCUAUGUUUUCAACACAGAGGCCCACCCUAUAGACCCCGCUGCGCUGCAUUGCUGUAAGAGAGACUCUGCCGAGCAGUGGCAAGUAGAAGACCUGGUAAAGGAGUUUUUCUCAAUCAAAAGCAGCAGUAAGACUAAAGCACAGCCCUCCAAGGAUGGGGGCCAAAAGGAACCCAUAUCUGACUUUCAGAACAACAAAAAUAAAGGCAAAAGAACCUCUAAUCUCAGCUGCCCAAGUCAGCCAUUUAGUUCUAAACUUUCUGUCCUUGGGCAGGUUUUCCUCGAUUGAUGAUGGCCCUCUCCUACCUGCUACAUCUGUCCAGGUUUCACCUGCUUUAAUUCAGCUUCGUUCUCUUCCAGUAAUGCCCUGCCUUCAUCCAGUUAACCAUUCUGUGGGACUUCUCCAUAAUAUUGGUCACAUACUUUGAACCUGACUACAUCCAUAUAUCACAAGGGCUAGAAGUAGGGGUAGACAGAAGAGCACAGGGGUCAAGAUGGGUGGAGGAAAGACCUUGUUCUUGUAGGGGUAUCUUUGGAACAGGGCCUCAUCUGGUAACUUUUUAUGGAUGCAUCAAAUCCAGUAAACCGUUCAGAAUCUAUUUGAAUCACCAAAACAGUUUGCAAAACAUGGCUGAAACAAUCCUGUGACAGGACAAGUGGUACAGAUGCAGUUCUUUAUUCAGCCCUUUUUUUGUUUUAUCCCUACAUCCUGGAGAAGGUAAUCUCAUUUUCUGAUGCUGUGGGUGAAUUGUUUAGUUCCAUUAGGCUGUCACAUUCCAGAGUCCUCUCGUGGAGGGUUGUUGUGAUUAACGGAGUUUCUUUUUCUAUUUCCGUUUCUAUGUUGGGGCUGGAUCACACUGGAAAGAUUUAGGAACCAGUUCAAUACCACCCAGACUAUAAGUUCAUGCCAUUCGUGUACAGGUUGUUAAUGUCAGUUUCUAUCCCUUUCUGUAUCCGAGAUCCUUGCACCAAAUAUAUUUUAUGGUAUGAUACUGGUCUCUA